AUGGCUUUUAAAUUUAUUACCUUAUGUGCUUUAUUGGCUGCUGCUAAUGCUGGUUAUGUAUCACCUGUUACAUAUGCUGCUGCUCCUGUUGUAAAAUAUGUCAAUCCGGCCGUAGAUGCUGUAGCUUCUACUCAACAAAAUGUUGUGCGAUCAUUUGGUGGCACUGUAUCAUCUUACUCCAAAUCAGUGGAUACUCCCUACUCCAGUGUUCGUAAGACUGACACACGUAUCAAUAAUAAUGUCUAUACUCCAGCUGUUGCCAAGACUGUGACCUAUGCUGCUCCUAGCGUAACUUAUGCCGCUCCAGCUGUUUACAGUCAUGUGGCUCCUACUGUUGCCAAAACUGUGUAUAGCCAAGCCGCACCCACAGUUGCCAAAACCGUAACCUAUGCUGCUCCAGUUUAUACUCAUGCUGCUCCUGCUGUUACUAAAACUGUCUACUCUCAUGAAUCUCCUUUGGUAUACUCUCAACCUGCUGUCGCAAAAACUGUUACAUACACUGCUCCUACUGCUACCACUACAUACAAUCAUGGACCUGCUGCUACCACUUACACCCACAAUGCUCCCGGAGUUUCUGGCUAUGGUACCAGCCAAACCGUCCAUUACUCUCCCGCUGAAGCUGUCUCUCAUAUGAGUUUUGAUGGUUUCGGUACUCACUGGGGUUUCUAAGUAGUCUAUAGCUUAUGAUUUGUAGUUGUUAAUACUUUGUUGAUUGUUUGAAUUAUUAUAUUUUUCUAA